AUGGCCAAAUGCAAUGGAGCCAAACAAUCACUUUGGAAACAAGUCUGUGAUGCUGAGCAGCCCAGUCCUCCCAGUGUUGUAGGGACUGACAGGGGCUCAGUGGACAGUCUGCAGUCAUUCUGUGGAUUCACCACAGCCGAGAGUGACGAUGAUCCUCUUCUUUGCGACCCUGCUCUCACUGGCUAUCAAGGAAAUACAAGAAAGGCUUAUUCUCUUCACCAGAUCAGCACCCCAGCUGCUGAGCAUGAGUCAUCUCCAUACACCAUUCAAAGUCCUGUCACAAGUUUAUUGGAGGAGCAACUGUUUCCAGUGUUGCUGCCUGGGCUGGAGGCUUUGUUAAGAGAAGCCCAAAAACAUGCUUGCUUUGAGAGGAAAGUAACAGCAUUUAUCCCCUGUGACUUCCUUACUGCGUGGCUCUACAAUCAUAAUCCCUGCAGACGGGGACAGGUCCCAGUGAACUUUCAUGACAUUCCCUUCGUGAAAGACUGGCUUUCCUUGAACCCCAGGCCUCCUGUCCCUCUGUUUCUGCGUUUGAGUGAGGAACAGGCUGCUCUGAUCAUCCAGGCUUUCUGGAGAGGAUAUAAGAUAAGGGCACGGCCAGAUGUACAGGAGCUGCGCCAAUGGCAGAGGGAGCUGAGGGAAAACCGUGACAUCGCCAAAACCGUGGAGAGGUUCUGGGUGCGACAAGAGAGCCGAGCUAGUUUCACUGAAAGAUCCUCCAGAAAGCUCCCAGGCUACAGCGGGGGUCACACGCUAACCUCCUAGAUGACCCCAGAGGCUGGUGAGUGGUUGACCCCAUGGCAUGUGCACCACAGAGGAAACAGCCUGUGCACCACUGAGUAAUUUCCUGACUGGAUCAGAACUUGUUGAAAAAUCGCUGACUCUAUCUCAGCACUUGAGCUAAGCCGAAAGGGCUUUUUUUUUUCUUUUUUAAAAGCCAUUAAAGCAUGUUAACUUCACGUCAAUCUAGCCUAAAACAAUCAGUCAAACAUGCCACUGAAAACGC